AUCGUGGGUGAGGAGGAGGAAGAUGAAGACAGUGGGUGGAAUGGGGCCUAUUUACCAUCUGCUGUGGAAAAGACUCACUCCUCCAGGGCCACAGCCAGCACAUCACCCUGUGGCACGUACCUUUCCUUUUUUUCCACCCCGUCGGAGCUGGCGGGGCCUGAGUCUCUGCCCCCCUGGACACUGAGUGACACAGAUUCACGCAUCUCUCUGGCAUCUCCAGCAGGGAGUCCUAGUGCAGAGUUUACAACUCACGUGGAGUCUCUGGGAGACAGACACCUGCGGACACUGCAGAUAAGUUAUGAAGCACUGAAAGAUGAAAAUUCUAAGCUAAGAAGAAAGCUGAAUGAGGUUCAGAGCUUCUCUGAAACUCAAACAGAAAUGGUAAGGACGCUUGAGCGGAAGCUAGAAGCAAAGAUGAUCAAGGAAGAGAGUGACUACCAUGACCUGGAGUCAGUGGUCCAGCAGGUGGAGCAGAACCUGGAGCUGAUGACGAAACGGGCUGUAAAGGCAGAAAAUCACGUCAUAAAGCUGAAACAGGAAAUAAACUUGCUCCAGGCACAGGUCUCCAACUUCAAACGCGAGAAUGAAGCCCUGAGGUCAGGCCAGGGUGCCAGCCUGACGGUGGUAAAGCAAAACACUGACGUGGCCUUACAGAAUCUCCGUGUUGUCAUGAACAGUGCACAUGCCUCCAUAAAGCAGCUGGUUUCUGGAGCUGAAACAUUGAAUUUUGUGGCUGAAAUCCUUAAAUCUAUAGACAGAAUUUCCGAAAUUAAAGAUGAGGAGGAG